UUACAAAAAAAAUUUUUUAGGUUAAUUUAUCAUAAAGAAAUUAAAGGUACAUGUUUGUGGUGUAGCACCAGCAGCUAGAAUUAAUAUAUAUUUUAAUUAUCAUUCAUUUAUAUAUGGAGUCUGCAAAUUUUCAUCAUCAACAACCUGAAGAAGAUCAUGUAGUCGAUUCUUCUUGCUAUGGACUUUCUUGGUCCUCAAAUGCCAUCUUGAACACUACGAUCAACGAUACGAGUUCAAGAGACGGUACGAAUAUUGAUUAUGUGCCUUGUCACAACACUACUAGUGCUCCUAUGUUAGAAAUACCCUGGAUUAAUGCCAUCAACAACAAUGUAACAAGCACUAGUAAUCCUAUGGAUGAAAACUUAUACAUGACCCAAGAAUUGCAACGUGUCGCGAGAAUCAAAGAUGAAUUUAUCUCAAGCUCAGUAGAAUCAUAUCCAAAAUUUUCAGAAAUGAUCAAUAGUAGUAGUCCAACUUCAAGUAUUGAAGAUUUGCACUUAAAUAACAAUAAUCAAGGAUUCAAUAACAAUAAUCAAGAUUUGUUGCUUAGUACAUUCUCCAAUGGGUGUCAAAUAAAAGGCGGUCAGCAGCUGAUAGAUCAAUUCCCACCAGAUGACGCUCCUAAUAAUAAUCUUUACCAAAGUUGCUCUAGCCGAAGUUUUAGCCAGAUUUUUCCGACGAUAAACAUUUCAAAUUUGAACCAAUCUCCAAAUGCAUUUGAUAUCAACUUGCCAGCUUUGGAUUUGUUUGGUUCGCCAAGAUUUAACGGGAACUUUCCUUCUUCAUUGAUCAACAAUCCUCAUCAAGUAGGGAGCUUUUUCAAAGACACUUGUUUGUCAUAUGGCCUUGAUCAAAUGCAUCAAACAAAUCAUAGACAAGUAAUUUGCAAUAGUAAAAUACCAUCAGCCUACAACACUACUAGACCAAGCUGUAAAGAACCAAAGAGACCAGCCACCAAUUUCAUGGACACCAAGGCUCCUCAACCUACACUACCCAAAAAAUCAAAGUUGGAGCCUCGAGUUUCUUGCUCACCGUUUAAGGUUAGAAAAGAGAAAUUAGGAGAUAGAAUUGCAGCCCUUCAGCAGAUGGUGGCACCUUUUGGAAAGACGGAUACAGCGUCGGUCCUAAUGGAGGCUAUUGGAUAUAUCAAAUUCUUACAAAACCAAGUUGAGACAUUAAGCGUGCCAUACAUGAAGUCAGCACACAAGAACAACAGACUACCGACCCGAGGGGUUCCAACAGAGGAUGGCAAUGAAGAGGCGAGAAGAGAUCUUAGAAGCCGAGGGUUAUGCCUGGUACCGUUGUCAUGCUUGUCAUACGUUACUGACGGAGGUGGAGGUGUUUGGUCUGCCCCCUAAUCGAGUUCAAGUAUGGAUGAUCACUCACAUCACUUAAUUCGCAACUGAUUUGAUAUAUAUUGUAACGAGUUGUACCUAGCUAGGGCACAAUGAAGCAUAGCUAUGGCUCAAUAUCGUAAGUCAUCAUAGUUAAGUGGAUAAAUUAAGCCUAGAGAGAGUUUCGAUCUUGUAUGUUUUAAUGUAUGAAUGGAGCAAAUUUGGUCAUCUUAUGAAAAAUGUUAUCAAGGAUGGACCACAUUUGAUCCAUUUAUUAAUAAUUGAAUGUGUUAUUUGUUGUUGUGAGAGUUGAGGUUGAAUUAGAUGCAUCCUAUUGAGUUUUGUAAUUAA